AUGGUCCCUGCACACCCAAAGGACCCCAAGUCAAGGCUGUGGAAGAAACGCCACGCCCCCUACCAAAAGCCAAGCCUAUUGGAUUGGCUAGUGGGGCCCCCUUCUGCACCUGCCCCUCUCCCUCCGGCUCCAGCAGCCCACUACCCCGCUCCGGUCAAGGUUGACCACCCCAAUGCCUACACAGGCAAAAUAGGAAGCAAGGCAAAGCAAUGGCUGACCAGGAUGCUGGCCUGGACCCGCCUUAACUUGCAGAUGUUCCCAACCAAUCAGGAGGUUCUAUCCUUCCUCCUGAUGAACAUGAAGGACUCCGCCGGGGCAUGGGCCCAUCCACACCUUGACCAGCUUGGAUCACACCGGGCUAUCAUUCAAACGGUCAAGGGCUUCAAGCUGGAAUUCCUGGCAGCGUUUGGCAACCCUGACGCCACAAGGGCCGCUGAGCGGAAGAUCACCACCCUCACCCAGUCCGGCACUUGCACAGACUAUAUCACAAAGUUCAGGACCUUGGCCAUGGAGCUGGACUGGAAUGACGCGGCCCUUCGAGGCCAGUUUGCCCGCGGCCUCCAUUGGGAGGUCAGCCGCCAAAUUGCGACCCGCAAACACCGUCCCUGUACCCUCCUAGAGCUGCAAAAUGCAGCACUUGUCAUUGAUAACGCCCUCCGUGAGGAGUGUGCUAGCCAUCUGCCAAAGGAUAGUAAGUCUAGCAGACCAUCUAACCCCGCAAGGGGGACAAGUACCGGCCAGUCAAGCACCGGUUCUAAGAAGCUUUCCAACAAUCCAAACUUUGUGUUGGAAGAAGAACGCAACUGCUGCCGUGCCGCAGGCGCCUGUAUCAAAUGCAGCAAAAUGGGCCACAAGUUUGCGGAAUGCCGCACGGGUUGGAAGGCUACCCCUGUUGAGGACAAGGGAAAACCCCAAGAAUCCGCCAAGAUUGGCAAAGAGUCUGGACCCAAAUCAGGAAAAGACUAA